AUGAGGUCCAGGAUCGACUUGAACAAGGCAAGCAAGAACUGCAUCGGCCAGGACUGGUCUUCAACUGAUGUCUCCCGCCAGGAACUCUUUAAGAACAUCAAAAUGCAGUUCACCACCGCUCUCAUUGCCAUCUUCGCCAGCGUUGCGAUCGCUGCCCCUACUGGUGACGGACACAACGGCGGCGGCUCUACUCCUGCCCCCUACGAUCCUUGCUCUGGAUUGUACGACAGUGCCCAGUGCUGCGCGACCGAUGUCCUCGGAGUCGCUGACCUUGAUUGUGCUUCCCCCACUUCGGUUCCCUCCUCUGCCAACGACUUCAGAAAGAUCUGCGCGGUUGGUGGCCAGCGGGCUCGUUGCUGCGUUCUCCCUGUGCUCGGACAGGCCGUUCUUUGCCAAACUCCUGUUGGCGUUUAG